CCAUUUUAUUAUUCUCUAUAAUGCCAGCACUAGCUCAGAAUCUCCCGUCGCUUGUCCUCAGACAGACCUUUUACCACGCCGUGAAUUUCUCUGAUAAUGACUACGAGUCAGCCUUGGACGUCAGCCGUGCACGCCAAACCAGCCUGCUGGUAUUCAUGGCGGUGUGUCAGCAAUGGAGGUACUCAGCCACGAGUCUGCUCUUCAGCACUGCUUCGCUCUGUGGCUUGGAAUACACUGGUGACUCGGACUCGAUUGCAGACGCAUAUACCCAGUUCAACACGAUGGACCAUGCUUUAAAGGCCGGUGCCAAAAACAGCAUCAAGUCUGUCGAGAUGAUUUGGAGUCUUGACGACAUCGCCAAUGGCCGUGCACUUGACGUGUUCAAAGCUGGAACUCUGGAAAACCAGGUGCUAAACGCAACCAAGGCUGCUUCUUACACCUUCAUCCUCGGCGAGGGGAGUGGUAUACUAGACUCGCCUAGCGCAGCAGCAAAAGCUCGCGAAUUCUGCCAGGCGAUACACUCCACGUUCCCGAACGCGACAACUGUUGAUUUCCAAGGGUUUCUUUCAUGUGGUACCGAUAUGACUUGCCCGUUCAUGUCAACGCUCCUGUCAGGGUUGCUGGAGAAGGCAGAUACUGUUCUCGCACACCUUGAUACGAUGUACGACUUGUCUCUUGAUACCGGUGCCAUUCUAUCUAGCAGCAGCCGCUCACUUCGUAAAAUUGCAUUCAAGGACACUGAGAUUACUGCCUCAGGCAUUGAAGCCAUUCGCUGCCAGUCUGAAACUCUAGAGCACCUGGAGCUCACAGUGGAGUAUCUCUCCAACCUUCAGGAUAUUCUGGUAUCUAGCAACGGGUCGCCUGUUGUUUACAACAAACUCAAAACUCUGAUCCUCGAGGGUGGCCACUCAUACAGUCCACCACUAUCUGACAAGCUGCAGAAUCUAGACAGUGUGCCAUUCCCUGUCCUCGAGAGACUCAAAUACAGCGUGGAGGAGCUGCCUAUGCAGGAAAUCACACUGAGAGGAAACGGUGCAACACUUCGGGAACUGGCGCUUCGUCUGGAUACAGAUGAUAUGAACACACUUUCGGAGCGCGGUAUAUUCGACAUCGAUCGGUUCCCAGCACUGAAACACCUGGACUUAAGUUGCGAGAACCUGUCUGGGGAAUGCAGUGUCCACCCUAUCACUGCUGCUCUGACGAUGGGCCGAAAUGCCACACAUAUUGUCUCUGCCGGUUAUGAGGAUGUCGGCUUUGGUGCGGUUGAGACUGACUUGAACUAUCUCAGCCAGAACAUACAAUCAAUCGAUUGCCGUGACCUGAUUCUGACACUUGAGGAUACUGUCCGUCUUAUCAGAAUGCUGCCUUCCCUUCGCAGGCUUCAAGUCGGCAUGCAGGAGUCUAGAAACCCUGCAGAUUUCAAUGGCCCGCACACCUUUUGCGCUGGCAAGUGCACCGCAGGGACUGGCCUGUAUGACGACAGCAAUUGGUGGUCUGCGCCGAUAUCGAUUUUCGAUUUUGUCGUUCACCACAUCGAUGCCAUUUGUGCGGAUAUUGGCGAUAUAGAACUGAUGUUCAAGAAAGUCUACCCCUUAUCGACCCGCUCAAUAACUGUGGGUGUCUCGCACAUGAUGCUGGGCAGCUGCAUGAUGCAGGCAGCCAGAGCUAUUGUUUCCCUGGCAUUACUCUGCCCCGACAUUCGCUUUACCAACACCCCGCUAAUUCCUACGAUGUAUUCCGGGCCAACAACUAUGAGCCGCUGCGAACUUGAGCAGCUAGAGGCAUUCAAAGCGACCGAGGCAAAACUGAGGUCACAAUAACCUUAUUCAUUUUGCCUUUUGCCGGCAUAGGCCCAAUAUAUAAGGUCCAC